UUUCGGCCCAUCGUUGGCCAAACCAACAACAGUGUGAUAGUGUACCGUUGUGGAAAGAAAAAUGGAGUUUGUGAUUGUUUUGUCCGCGUUGGCGGUGCUCCUGUCGGUGGUGGUGACGAAAAACGAAUUCAACGUGCAAUACAGUAAUGUCCACUUCGAACCCACAAUCGCACCUUGUUGAGCUCGGUUGUUGUUUCCCGCUUUCUCGACGAAAGUUAUAACCAAUUGAAACGCAAAUCUUAAAAAGUAGGAAGUUCUGGGUAUAAAGUAGGUGCGUUCGCGCUCAAAACGGAAAACAAUGGAUAACGAAGACAGCGAUGUGGUGGAGCAAAUGGUGGCGAUAUCCCAGAUGAAAAUCGCAAAAAUGGGCCGCCCAAAGAACAUGUUCACCAGUUGCGAUCAAGGUACCCACGGAAAGCAGUGUAGGCGCAUGGAUAAAUCGCUCUCAAUGGUAACGAACGACGUCGUGAGAGUGAUCCGUGAAUCGCCGGAUGGUAUCCUAUACCUUAACGACGUGUCGCGGAAUAUGUGCUGCCGGCAGAAGCGACGAAUCUACGACGUCACGAAUGUUCUGGAGGGCAUUGGGUUGAUCGAAAAGCAAUCCAAACAUCAUUUCAAGUGGAUAGGAGAGGAACUGACGGCCGAAUCCUGUGUGGCACGCGGUACGGCUCGCAAGAUCGGCAUUCAAAUUAAGGAACGCCGGAAGUUGGAACUGCGCGAAGCGUGGUACGAUGCGCAUCUCAAGAUCAUGCGGAAAAAUAUCGAACUGUUGCGAAAUGAUAAAGCUCUACGAUCGUACAUGUACGUGAGUAGUGAGGAUCUGACGGCCGCAAUGGAUGUUGAGCAUCGAAAACUGCUGCUACUGUGCGGGAAGUAUCCUAGUAAGAUAACGAUCACGCGUACUGUUCGGUCGCUCAAGGCGAGAUCUGGUGGUGAGAAGUGUCCGUUGGAUCUGCUCGUCUUGCGCGAAAAAGCCGGAGCUUGCUACACGCGUCCCAGCAGACGGAUCGCCAUUGUCCGUGGUCCAAAGUCAUACGUGAAGCUGCCGGACACAAAUGACUCACCGUAUGCCAUCAAACAGCAACCAGAGGGGGAGAAUGAGGAGCCGAAAGAUGACGAAACUAUGGGUGGAGAAGGUAACGGCACAUCCAACCAUGAGGACGGUACCACUCGGGAGCAACGGGAACAGUUGGCACGAUUGCUACUCGAUCAGCACAGCGCAGCUCACUGCUACAGUAAAUAUCAGUCGAGACGGUGGUUCAUAGGUGACGAGGAGACAGAUAAAACGACCGAACAGAUUCCGUUCAUGGCCAUCGAACCACGGUAUUUCGGUAACUAUCACACGGCGUUGACCGCCGACGAAGGUGUAUUUGAUCUGUUUGAUCUCGGUUCCCCGUCCGCGGCUGUUAAAGCGGAAGUCGGCGAUCUGGACGUGUGACACAAACACGUGGCACAGGACGACAAAGGAAAUAUGUGCUAAUAUUCUCUAAAGGGCCAACGGAGCCCACUUUGACUACAAGACAAAGACGUGAACAAUGCAGAGCGCCGCAAGCACCGAUCACCGGGCAUUUGCUGGUUGUGCAUUUAGUUUCAUACGAUAUUUUUAUAUCACGAUACGAAAGCUAGUACUGGGCUAGGGGCGAUUUUGCGCCACUUUUCUUCACCCUGACUUUUUUUUGACGCCCCAGCUAGUUAGUUUGACACAGAAGUGACGUUUGUUACGUGUAAUACUUGAUCGCAUAGUUAAAUUAUUUCCAUCCUGCCGGUGAGAACUGGUGCUGACUGAAGAUCGUGAUACCGCCAGCUAACCGUUGCCGGUUACUCAUCGGGGAGUGUAGUAAGCCCUCUUCUCUUGGCUGUUUAGUCAAAAAUCGUUGUAGUAAAGUGAUUCAAACUUCUUUUUUAUGAUUGUAGAUAAAUGAAAUUCGA